AUGAACCCUCAUCAGAAGAACAAAGUCGACGUCAAGUCGCUCUCUCCUGAGGAACAGCGCCUCUUCCGGCUCUACGGCAAACUCCCCUCCCGAUCUGACCACUUCGCGAAGCACCUCAAGGACCGCAAAUACUUCGACUCUGGCGACUACGCCAUGUCCAAGGCUGGCAAAGGCGAUGGCGUUGAUGCCGGUGCGGUUGGCUCUCAACACCCCGUCCCCGAAAACAUCCCCCACCUUUCGUCACCCAUCAACAAUGGAGCGAGCAUUCCAAAGCACGGUCACCAUGGUUCCAUCGCCGGCAUCCAAGCGGGCAGCCCAGUCAAGGAGAGCAGCUUCCUGCAUCGUGAGACCAGUGCAGAAGACGCCUCCACAGGGGAUGAUUCAAUCCCUUCCAACAAUAAAGAGAACGUAUCCCUUACCUCUGCGCCGCUGCAGUCCAACGAGGGUAUUCCGAUUCGCCGAUAG